CCGCAGUCACACAAACAUUUGUAGCCUAGUGCGGCUAAUUUGUUUGGCUAGCUGUUGUUUUUCCAGUCGUUUGUCGUAAAUAGUUGUUUUAAAAUGAAGCUGCGGUGUUUAUUCGUUGCUUUGAGCUUCGCUGUCGGUGUCAUGGCGGGGAAAUACUCGCGAGAAAUGAACGAAGCCAAACCGAGCGGCGGUGAUGAGCAGACGGUGGAGUUCAGGGUUGCUAAGCUGAAUCAAGUGUGGGAGAAGGCGAAAAGGAUGCAGCUGUCCCCGGUGCGACAGGCUGAGCUGCACAGUGACCUGAAGAUCCAGGAGAAAGAUGAGCUGCAGUGGAAGAAAAUGAAAGUGGAAGGACUGGAUGAGAACGGGGAGAAGGAGGCCCAGCUUCGACGUAACUUCAAUGUGAUCCUGGCCAAGUACGGGAUGGAUGGGAAAAGAGACACUCGGCCACUGGAGAGCAACUCCCUGAAGGACCACGACACCAAAGAGGGAGACAUAUUUGACGAUCCCCGGCUGGACAAACUCUGGAACAAGGCCAAGAGCUCAGGAAAGUUCUCCAGCGACGAGCUGCUGAAUCUGAAGAGGGAGUUCCAGCAUCACAAGGACAAGAUCCACGAGUACAACAUCCUCAUGGAUACAGUCAGCAGGACCGAGGAAAUACACAAGAAUGUGAUCUCUCCCCUGGAGGGCGACGCCAAAGAGCAUGUGCUGCAUCAGAAGCACACGGACCUGAAGCAGAAAAUGAGAGACCUCAACCAGGGCUUUGAGCGCCUCCGAAAGAUCAGCCACGAGGGCUUCACAGAAGACAGCGAGUUUCGGGAGCCUCGUGUGAUUGAACUGUGGGAGGCUGCCAAGAGAGCCAACCUGAGCGAAGACGAGCUGGACUCUCUCAAGGAGGAGCUGCGUCACUUUGAGACCAAGGUUGAGAAGCACAGCCAUUACCAGGAGCAGCUGGAGCUCUCUCACCAGAAGCUGCGACACGUUGAGUCUUUAGGAGACAAAGAGCACAUCAAGAAGAACCAGGAGAAGUACAACACGCUCGCUGAGAAGACGAGGGAGAUGGGCUACAAGAUGAAGAAACACAUGCAGGACCUGGCCAACAAGAUCUCUCGCGAGGGACUCGAGCACAACGAGCUGUGAGACGUCUGGAUCAUGAAGGUCAAAGAACUCAAGUAAUACCGUACAACCACACACAGCGUACGCUACGUUACCCCAUUCCCCGUCAACUACUGUAAAAAAAAUCAGCGAUUUCUACUUUUCUAGCGUUAUAGUUGUUGAUAUUUUUAGAUAUCGCUGAAUGAAUGCUUUGUAGAUAUUUCUUUUAAUCAGGUGGACUUAUUAGUUUAUCAAACUCAUCAGAUCAUCAGUCACAGUACAGAUGAAAUAAUAAUAAAUAGUUUACGUUCUCAUCGGUACUACAUUUAUUUGUACAACUAUUGGCACACAGGUGUGGAUGAACUGUCUGGCUGAAAAUGUUUGUACUCCAGGAGAGCCGGAUUUUGUGGGGGUGGGUGUUGAGGGAUAGACGGCAGCAGUUGAGUCACUCUUAACCGAUGAUGUAGUUUAGCUGCUGAGGGACGGUUCAGGUCCUGGGGAAAAGCCAACUCACUGCAUGAGUACUUCAUCUUGUAGAAAUAUCGGCACAUUGCUGGCCAGACAUUUUGUCCACACCCAUCUGUCAGUAGUUGUGCAAUCAAUAAAUGCUACAUCAGACUGGCUGGAACUAGUGUAGUAACUUAUACCUUAGUCUGCUUAAAAUAUUGUUGCCACUGAUCAAUAUAAACGUGAAGGAUGCUCCGCAGAUUUAGGGAAGAAGCAUUGAAACCCCGAAACCUAAAAAUGUAACAGCAAUCUUUAAUCAGUAAGAUACAGGUGCCAAAAACAUACAAACAGUAAUAUUUUAAAAAUAUAGUUAAAUGUUAUUCUUAUAGUCUUGGCAUAAAUAAAAGCAGUUACUAUUUACAAAUCCUGCAGAGAAAGCAGCCCCUGAAGUGACAUUAACAGGCUAUUUUUGGUGAAGUUUUUCUAACUCACCCUCGCGUUUUCCCUCAGACACACCGGUGGGGAACCGCCGCCAUAAAAAUAAAUUAGCGCCAAAUGUUGAACAAUUUGUUCUGAUGAUAUCAAGAGGGAGGUGAGAAAUUGGAACACACACUGUGCUUUCCCAUUCAUCAAUCCCAACCAGAAGCAGAGACAUUGAUUACUGUGAUGAAUAAUGUCCCUGGCUGGCUGAUUACUCAGUCAUGUCCUGCUUGGGCCACAUGGGCCCGGAUUAAUCUAAUUUGCAUCCGAGAUGUAACUCUAAGACGCUUAUUUCAAUCGAAUGAUUUUGAGGUCUGAUGUGGAAUGAUAGCCGAGCAAGCCGGGGCUCUAACAGUCGAGUGUAAGGCAUCAGUGCGAUGAGGUGGGCUUCAUCUCUCACCUCUUUUUAAGAGCGGUAACAAAUACAUCCACUGCAGCGCAGCGUGGAGAAAGUAAAUCUAGCU